GCGACUCCAGGUAUCGCCCAUAACCACCGUAAAUGACUAAAAUGCCAUUCUCUUCCCCUUUUCGAUCACGUAUCUUCCGAUCCUUACCGGUUUUUUCUUUCUUCUUGCCUUACUCAAAUACCUUCAACAAAAUCCCCCAUUUUCACAGUAAAUCUUUCCGACCAAUCAUGUCAGAAGUAACCUAUCUCUCAGAUUACCCAAAGCCUCUAUCACCACCAUUACCAGCUAUCUCUAAGGAAAUUGAAUUGAAUAGAGCUUUAUCUGCUACUUCAAAAUCGACUUCAUUCUCUCUGACACCAAAAGAUGUAAUCUUUGAAGAUGAAUGGAUGGUUAUUGUUAACAAACCACAAGGAAUUUAUUGUGAAACUGUUCUUUCUUCAGUUCCUCAACUUCUUAAUGACAAAGCUGAUUUAACGGAUUCAAAGACUGAAACCAACUCGCUAGAGCUUCAUCUUGCUAAUCGUCUCGAUCGCGAUACAAGUGGUUUAAUGGUCAUAACAAAAUCACACAAAGUUGCAGCGAAGUUAGUUAAAGCCUUCACUGAUCACAAAGUUAAAAAAACCUACAUCUCCAUGUGCAUUGGAGUAGCUCCAAAAUGGGAUAGAAUCAGUUUAAGAUCAGGUCAUGGGAGGUCGAAAUUUGGUGUUUGGCGUGUUUAUGCUGCAUCAGAUGUUGGUCGUUCGUUGCCAGGAGGAUCUUCAGUUAGAGAUAUGGCAACCACAUUUGAAGUUCUAUCUGUAAAUGGACAAGGUAAGUUUAAAGAACCGACUAAAUUGAGUGUCAACGAAGAAGAUGUUUUAAUAGUUGAAGAACCAGGACUAGUAGCAGGUGAAAAGAACGAUGAAGUUUUGAUAAGAGCAUACCCACAAAGUGGGAGAACUCAUCAGAUUAGAUUACACAGUCAGUACCUUGGAAUUUCAAUCAGAGGAGACGUCAAGUAUGAAGGUGUUUGCGAACGGAAAGGGAAAGUUUACUAUGCCCAUGAGCUUCAUGCUGAGACUUUAACGUUUGAUCAUCCAAUAACUGGUCUAACGGUUGAGUUUCGAGCUCCUCUGCCUUCAUGGGCAACUCGAGCAUUACAAAAGGAACUACAGCAAGAGGAAAUUGUAUCACACUAGGCGUUCUUUUUUUUUGUCUUUUUCCCCCUGAUAAUAUCAUACUAGGUUUUUGGAUACUCGUUUAAUUGGGGCCCCUAAAAACAAUUAGAUCCCUGCACUACAAGACAAAUAUGGGUUCUUGCAUAUCACAUUUUAUUUUUGAAA